GUGCUGCCAUACUGCUAUUUGUUAUUCUUUCCUUGUCACCAGCUGUCAAAAAGCUUGAAAAUGGUGCAGCGGCUUACAUUCAGGCGACGACUGUCGUACAACACAAAAUCAAAUCAAAGAAGAAUAGUAAGGACACCGGGUGGCCGCUUGGUUUAUCAGUAUGUCAAAAAGCCCAAGAAGAUCCCAAGGUGUGGUCAGUGCAAGAGCAAACUCCGUGGUAUCCAGCCAGCUAGACCUGCUGAACGUUCCCGUCUUUGCUACCGUAAGAAAACAGUGAAACGUGUUUAUGGUGGUGUCCUCUGCCAUAAAUGUGUCAAGCAACGCAUUGUCAGAGCCUUCCUCAUUGAAGAACAAAAAAUUGUGAAGGUCCUCAAGGCACAACAGGCGAGCACUAAGUCGGCAAAGAAGGCUACAAAGUGAAUUUUAGGGCUUAAAUUUAAAUAAAAACCUUAAAAAAUCUA